AUGGCUUCUCUAACCCCAGGACUAGUCCUAAAACUCCUUCAAGCCAUGAACAGCGACACACGCGUCACCGGCGACCACCGUUCACCUCUUCUCCAACUCAUCGGAAUCGUCCCGGCCUUAGCCGGUUCCGAUCUCUUCUCCAACGAUGGGUUCUACCUCAACCUCUCGGACUCGCUCAACUCCACCUACGUUCUUCUCUCCCACCCCGAUACCGAACUCAUUCUCUCUAACCGUCUUCAAUUAGGUCAAUUUCUCUACGUUGAUAGAUUCCAUUUCAAUACUCCUCUUCCUACCGUUUCCAACAUUCGUCCUCUCACAACUCGUCACCCGUUCGUUGGAUCACCGGAGCCCCUCAUCGCUCGAAUCUCGCAAUCCUCUCGCCAUUUCAGCGUUCAGCCUCUCUCCGAUUCGGACGAUCCUCUUUCUCAGUAUCUCUCCACCAAUAACACGUCACUCUCUCCAAUUCCGAUUAAUCAACCACACCAUCACCAGAAACAACCACAGCCGAGAAAGCCUCUGGCUCAACGAGACAAUUUGCCUCCGCCGCAGAGGUUUUCAUCUCCGGCUACUGCCAAGAGGUCUCAAUCUGCAGGAAAGUUCAACAAACCAUCUGCUGAGAGAGAUCCUUCUCCAGCUGGAAAGGCCAAGAGAUCUUCUUCUCCCGUUCCUUCCAAAUGCUUGGUUCCGAGCUUGGUUUCGGCUAGGGAGGAGAAUCGGAGGGUUUCAAGGGAGGCGGCUAUUAUUGUUCCGUCCAGGUACAGACAACCGUCUCCUACUGCAAGGAAGCAGCCCUCGCCUAACCCUAGAAGAGCUUCAAUCUCGCCCGGUAGAAGGUUGUCUGGAGGUAUCAAGUUUUCUCCGGCCAUAGAUUCUUCGGGGAAGAAGAAGAUUGUAACUGGAAUCUCCAAGAUAUCUGAUGCAUUGGCUGGGAAGACAAGGAAGAAUUGGGAUGAACAAAACAUUGAAGGUGGUGAAUCCAAUGAAAAGGAGAAAACUAGGGUUGAUUCUAAUUCAAUUGCGCGUACUCAGGCUGCUAUGUUAAGGCGAUUGAGUGAUGUGAAAAGUCAAAAAUCUGAUAACAAUGAUUCUGAUGAGAAUACUAUAGUUUCUUCUCCUCUGUGUUGUUUGGAGACGGAGAAAUCAAAGCUUUCAGGUCUUGGCAUUACAAUUCAUGAGAAGAAAUGGACUGAUGGGAGUGUUCCGCUGGAUGCAGUAUCAUCCAAACUUUCUAGACUUGCAAAGGAUGCAAUGCAAAGGAAAGCUCUUGCUUCUGCAGCAGCUGCUGCAGCAUUAGAGGAGGCCAAUGCUACUGAAUGCAUAAUAAGAAAUUUAAGCAUGUUUUCAGACCUUUGCUCAGUGUGCAAAGCCAAAAAUCCUUUGCCAACCAUAGACAGAUUUUUUAUCAUCUAUGAAGAUGUCCUAAGAUCAAUCGCAGUGGCUAAAUCUGUUGCCACUGGUCACAAUUUUGAGAUAUUUGAUGACAACAUUCCAACAGAUCAAUCAAAAUCCCUCUCCCUUUGGGUUGAAGCUGCUUUGGCCACUGAUCUUCAGAUAGUAUCACUGCUUACUGAAACUGGCACAGAUACUCCAUCAUCACUUCAGAAAAGCCUGUCAAAACGACAAUCUCUUUGCACACCUAAGAGUCAUCUGAAUGUGAAUGUUUUGUCAUCUCCACACACUAGUCCAAGUGGUGGGGUGUGGACCAGGGGUAAUGGAAUGAAGGAAACAGUCGAGCUUGGAACAAAUCUGCUGUCAGAAAUGCAAAUGUGGUUUCUACUUUUUGUUGAGGAGUCCAUUGAAGCAGGAUUUAAAGUGUUUGGAGACAGUGGUAGUGGCGGGAAGAAAGCGUUGCCUCUGGAUGGUGGCUCCAUCGCUAUUGUUUUAUCUCAUUUGAAGCGUGUAAAUGCAUGGCUAGAUGGCGUGGUUUCUAAAGGGAAUCAUUCAUUGACAGAUAAGAUUGAAAAAUUGAAGGGGAAGAUCUAUGGUUUUGUUAUCCAGCAUGUAGGAUCAACUUAUGAUCAUUCAGCUUCCCAUGCUUCAUCCUAA